UGUUUUUCUUCUGAAUAUCCUGGAUUAGUAUAAUUAAUUCUGGCAUUGCACUCUGAGCAGAGCAGGGCUAUAGUGUUGUGCUUCCAGAGAAAUUACAUGCAGGAAAAUGGAACGUAUACAGGUCUGCCCAUUCUCCAUUGAAGCUGGUGAGCAGAUUUCCAGAGCAUCCUGAUAUUGGUACAUUGCAUGAUAAUUUUGUGCGAUCAGUUGAUGCUUUUAGGGAUUACAAAUAUCUGGGUACACGAAUUCGGGUUGAUGGAACAAUUGGAGAGUAUAAAUGGAUGACAUAUGGAGAAGCAGGUACUGCACGAACGGCAAUAGGUUCUGGCCUAAUGUAUCAUGGAAUUCCAAAGGGAUCUUCUAUUGGACUAUACUUUAUCAACAGACCAGAAUGGCUCAUUGUUGAUCAUGCCUGCUCAGCAUACUCUCUUAUAUCAGUUCCUCUAUAUGACACUCUUGGUCCAGACGCUGUCAAGUUUGUUGUAAAUCAUGCUGAAGUGCAAGCUAUAUUUUGUGUCCCGCAAACUUUGACAAUAUUGCUGAGCUUCUUGUCUGAAAUUUCAACUGUCCGUCUAAUUGUGGUUGUUGGAGGGAUGGAUGAUCAAAUGCCAUCUCUUCCUCCAUCAAGUAAAAUUGAGGUUCUAACAUACUCAAAACUACUUAGUCAGGGCCACAGUAAUCCUCACCCUUUUUCCCCACCAAAACCUGAAGAUGUUGCUACAAUUUGCUAUACAAGUGGUACUACUGGGACACCAAAGGGAGUUGUAUUGACCCAUGGAAACUUGAUAGCAAAUGUUGCUGGGGCCACUAUUACUAAUAAAUAUCAUCCAUCGGAUGUUUGUAUAUCAUACUUGCCUUUGGCACAUAUUUUUGAACGAGCACAUCAGAUCUUGUCAAUAUAUUACGGAGUUGCUGUUGGAUUUUACCAAGGAGAUAAUAUGAAACUGAUGGAUGAUAUGGCUACUUUAAGACCCACUAUCUUCUGCAGUGUUCCUCGGCUGUAUAAUAGACUAUAUACUAGUAUCACUAGUGCUGUAAAGACUUCUGGUCCAUUAAAGGAGAGGUUAUUCAAUGCUGCCUACAAUGCUAAGAAGCAAGCAAUUUUGAAUGGCAAGAGUCCAUCUCCAAUGUGGGACAGGUUGGUGUUCAAUAAGAUAAGGGAAAGACUUGGUGGGCGAAUUCGUUUCAUGCUAUCAGGUGCUUCACCCUUGUCUCCUGAUGUCUUGGAGUUCCUGAAAAUCUGCUUUGGUGGUCGAGUAACCGAAGGAUAUGGCAUGACUGAAACUUCUUGUGCUGUGAGUUCCAUGGAUGAGGGUGACAACCUAACCGGCCAUGUUGGCUCUCCUAAUCCGGCCUGCGAAAUAAAGCUCGUGGAUGUUCCAGAAAUGAACUAUACAUCUGAUGAUCAGCCUUAUGCUCGUGGUGAAAUCUGUAUAAGGGGUCCUGUUAUUUUCCAAGGCUAUCAUAAAGAUGAAGCACAAACGAGAGAAGCAAUUGAUGAAGAUGGGUGGCUUCAUACUGGAGAUAUAGGAUUAUGGUUACCUGGAGGUCGUCUAAAGAUUAUCGAUAGGAAGAAGAACAUUUUUAAACUGGCACAGGGAGAGUACAUAGCUCCAGAGAAAAUUGAGAAUGUAUAUGCCAAAUGCAAAUUCAUUGCUCAGUGUUUUGUGUAUGGGGACAGCCUGAACUCCUCUUUGGUAGCCAUUGUUUCAGUGGACCACGGUGCAUUGCAAGCAUGGGCAGACUCUGAAGGCAUUAAGUAUGAAAAUUUGGAGCAACUAUGCAAUGAUCCAAGAGCAAGGGCCGCUGUCCUUGCAGUCAUGGAUGCUGUUGGAAGGGAAGCUCAGCUCCGAGGUUUUGAAUUUGCAAAAGCUGUGACUCUAGUGCCGGAACCAUUUACGAUAGAAAAUGAUCUUUUGACUCCGACAUUUAAGAUUAGGAGACCGCAAGCAAAAGCGUAUUUUGAGAAAGCAAUAUCACAGAUGUAUUCAGAGCUUGCGACGUCUGAUCCCUCUCCUAGAGGGAGGUUGUGAAGUUGGCAAACGAAAGCAUUGAAAAGUCGAAUCAUGCCAAUCAAUUUCAUGGCAUCGUUCGCAUGACAAUAAGUUCAAGUUCUUCAGCUUGGAUCGACAUAUAGAAGAGCUUAUAGGCUGCUGGAGAAUUCUGCAACUACUUUUUUUCCGUUUUGUUUUUGCCCCUCUCUGAAUAGAAGGGCCUAUAGCCUCUUGCACGUAUAAUUUGUUUCCAGAAAAUAAAUAGGAAAGAAGACAUCAUUAUAGGAGGAUGAUUUUGGAUGUGACAAGGCAUUGCCAUAACCAUUGACAGCCAUCUUCUGCUGCUGUUGAAACCAAUCUGUAAGUUACAUAUGGACAUCAUAUUUUACAUAUCUCAAUUUGAUUGGCAUUUUGAUAGUUUUAGGUGGACUAUUUUCCUUCCCUGUUGGAUCUUUACAAUCUACAAUAAAAGUACAAAAAAUAUUAUCUCCA